UCCGUCGCGGAACAGGGCACGCUUGCAUGGUUGUAGAUUACUGUCAUGUGUCCAAUUGGUCAUUCAGAUAUGAUAUCGACUUCUCAGAACCCGCGUCUUUGGAUAUAAAAUCUAGUACAUUGCCCAUAACAUUGGAUAGUAGUAAAUUUUCAUCAUAUCUCUUUUUAUCGUACAAAUCCUUCACGGUGUUGAGCUUGACAAGAUGUCGCAAGAACCGACUGCGUUUUGGUCCAAGGCCAACCGGUUCCUAAUGAACACCGGUGUUCCAUUCUCUCCCGUAAUUAUCACCAAAGCAAAUGGAACCCGCCUCCACGACAGCUCAGGUAGACAAAUUCUCGAUUUCACUUCUGGCCAAAUGAGUUCCCUUCUCGGCCACUCCCAUCCAGAGAUCGUUGAGACCGUGCACAAGUACAGCGCUGAGCUCGACCAUCUCAUCAGCAACAUGAUCACCAACCCCGUCAUCGACCUCGCAGAGCGACUAGCCCGUAUCGCUCCAGCACCGCUGGAAAAAUCCUUCUUCCUCAGUACCGGAUCUGAAACGACAGAGGCGGCGAUCAAAAUGGCCAAAUGCUACACCGGCAAGUUUGAGAUCGUCGCUUUCGCGGCCAGCUAUCACGGACUGACCCAGGGAGCUGGAUCCGCAACGUACUCGGCGGGUCGCAAAAACGGCGGACCGUCUGUGCCUGGCCAAUUGGCAUUCCCCGCGCCCUAUGCUUUUCGGUCACCAUUCCGGAAAGCGGACGGAAGCUACGACUGGGAGACCGAAAUGGAAUUCGGCUGGUCUAUGAUCGAUAGACAAAGUGUCGGUUCUCUCGCAGCGUUCAUCAUGGAGCCAAUUCUGUCGACUGGCGGCAUCCUUGAGCCACCAGAGGGUUAUCUACAGCGCAUGUCGGAAGAAUGCAAAAAGCGUGGUAUGCUGCUCAUCAUGGAUGAGGCACAGACUGGCGUUGGUAGGACUGGACAAAUGUUCGCUUUCGAGCGAGACGGGAUUGUUCCUGACAUUCUCGCACUUUCCAAAACACUAGGCUGUGGACUUCCAUUGGGCUCAGUGACUACUACCGCGGAGAUUGAGAGAGGCUGCAAAGAAGCUGGAUUCCUCUGGCUCACUACACAUCUCAAUGAUCCCCUGACUGCAGCCGUCGGAAACAAAGUCCUUGAAAUCGUGGAACGAGACAAUAUCUGCCAACGUGCAGCGGAGCGAGGCGCUCAAUUGCGAAAAGGCCUAUUGAAACUUCAGCAGAAGUACUGGUGUAUCGGUGAUGUUCGAGGGCGGGGCCUGCUCCAAGGUAUAGAAAUCAUAUCGGAUGCGAAGACGAAAGCGCCAGGGUCUGAACUGGGACAAGCUGUUUCUGAUAGGGCUAUGGAAAUGGGACUCUCAUGCAAUAUUGUCAAUCUCCCCGGAAUGGGAGGUGUUUUCAGAUUAGCGCCCCCAGUGACAGUAACAGGAGAUGAGAUUGAGGAGGGUUUAGCCAUACUAGAUGAGGCAUUUGGGCAUGUACUUUCUCAAAGAAGUCAUCUGUAGUCUGGGCGUUCAUCAAUGAUGAUUCGACGUCGAGGAAGAAGCGCCCGCUGUUUAAUCUAGACUCUUGUGUGUAUCUCUACUUGAUAAUGGUCUCGUAGCGUGGCAUUGCCCAAUAACUGAGGGAGCAAACCAUGCAAUGAAGUAAGCCUUCAAGUGCGGUAUGUAUAAAUAGAGCGAUUAGCCAAAUCUUCGAAAAUAAAGACGAUGACUUGCAGUUGAGUGGCGUUACAUGACAAUUCUAGUGGACGGGGUCGCGCCAAGAAGACAUGAUCUUAUACAACAUCGCAGGUUGUCCCAAUCCCAGAUUCUAGU